CUACUAGCAGUAGAACAAACUCCUUUGCCAACUAGUCAGCAUCGAAAUUCUCAAAUAGAAUAUAAAUAUAAGUAUAAAAAUAUAAAAGAAUGUCCGCCGAAGUGGAGGAGACGCUGAAGCGCUUUCAGUCCAUGAAGAACGUCAUCGGCAUUGUGGUGGUGGACAACGACGGCAUUCCCAUCAAGACGACCCUGGACUACAACCUGACCCUCCACUACGCGGCCCUCAUGCAAACGGUGCGGGAGAAGGCGCGCCAGGUGGUCCUGGAUCUGGACGCCACCAACGAGUUCACCUUCCUGCGGCUGCGGACCGAUCAGCACGAGCUGUUGCUCUGUCCGCAGGAGGACUACUUCGUCACGGUCAUCCAGAGUCCCUGCGACUAGAAUAUUCCCCAGCCCAAGCGCAGCAUUUCACUUGCAAUUAUUUGACGGCAGAGUGUUCAGUAAAUGUUAUUAAAAAUACUCGCCAUAGCCA